AUGCUGCCCGCGCCGACACCAACCCUACCUUGGCUGGCGCCGUUGGUCCCGCCCUUCUGGCUCUUUACCGGCAUUGGCAUAUACUCCAUCGCAUUACACUACCGCUCGUUGCGGUGGCCACUGCUGUCGCUCUUGCUAUACUGCGACUGCAAGGGUUUCUCUGCGUCGACUCUCUGGCCAUGGCUGGGCGUCGACAGCGUCUGGGGCCUUUUGAUGUGCAUUUGGACCUCGCACUCCAUAUCCAUGCUCUUUCUCGAAGACCCUCAUCGUCUCACUUUGGACGGCAAAGGCGCCCUUGCUGAACAGACUUGGUGGGGCAAGGCGUGGCCGACGUGGAACAAUAUCCGUCUCCUGGGCACACCAAAAAGCGAGCUGCCUGCUGGUGCAGGCUCGGAAAACCCGCCCGAGGGACGGCUUGCUUUUGCUAUACGUCGCACAGCCAAACUUGUGGUCUAUGUGCCGAUCAACCGGUUCCUACUACCACGCGUACUUCCCGUCAUAUUUGCGCCCUUGUCGUUGGCAGACUUUGAUGCAGUCCGGCAGACGUUCCUCCGGCGUCUUCUACUGAGCCGCAAUAAUCCCAUCACUCUUCGUGAGGUCUACAUGCGGACUGUGUUUGCAUUGCUCUGGGCUGCUCCAACAUACAUCAUGAUUGAUGCGGCUCAUGUUGCUCUGUCACUACUGUUCGUGGUGGUGCUACGUGCCAACCGCCCCGAAGAGUGGCCUCCAGUCUACGGCGACGUUCGCGAGGCAUACACGCUGCGGGGAUUCUGGGGCAAGUUUUGGCACAGGCUCGUUGUGCCCUCAUACAGUAACAUUGGCAAGCUGGUGUGCCAAUUGUUCGGCAUUCACGCCAAGUCUUUGCUUUACAGAUUGGCAGUGGCCUGCACCGUUUUUGUCCUAUCUGGCGCUGCUCAUGCUGUGACCGCAUGGCAGCUAGGUGACAACGAGUGCUGGCAUUUGGACAUCUGGUGGUUUUUUCUGAAUUUUGUGGCCAGCACUAUCGAGAGCUUCCUCUGCCUCAAAGUGUGGUCCAAAAAUGGUCCAGGCGACGCGAGAAAGCUGACUUAUGGGCCCUUGCGCAGAUCAAUGGGCUAUGCUGGUGUAUUUCUGUUCUUCUUUUGGAGUGUGCCGAAAUGGCAGUAUCCAAAAAUGUAUUCUAGCAUUAUGAAAGUUAUGAAUGCAAUCUAG